CGUGUGUCGGUUAUUACCAGAUAAAGACAUUGGCAGCGCGUCCCCGGAACCCUUGAAGCCGAGGCGAUGUGUUCCUGCGGGGGGUGGGGACGUAUUCGCUGUUGCUCUUGAAGAAACUGAUGAAGGAAAUAAAAAGGCAUUUGCCGUCAAAUCAUUGCGGGAGGAUAGAAAAUAAUUGAAAACACAGAUUCGCAGCGGGGGCAGACACAACAAAGGCGAAAGGACCAAGCCCCGUGAAGAUGCGCAGGUAAUGUCCAGAGAGCACUGCGGGGGGCCAUGUCUGACGAGGCGAUCUCAGGGAGCGAUCUGGAUCCCGACCUCGAUCCCGAGGAAGAGGAUCUGGAAGAGGAAGAGGAGGAGAUGGAGGAAGAGAACGACGGAGAUGAUGAGGAAGACAUCAAUGACCAGCCCCAGGCGGCCCCUUACGGCGCAGAGAACGAUGCUCGGGGGGACGCCCUGGGGUGGCAGCGCACCCCACCAUCUACCUCACCCCCGGGCGAGACCCCGCGGCCCCCCUCCAACGGGGAGAGCAAGGGCUCGCUCGCCCUCGGCGCCAAGAAGAAAAGGGUGUCCAAGCCGGCGCACAUGAGGAGGAAUAUCAGAAAGCUCCUGAGAGAGCACCAGCUAGAAGCAGUAACCAAAGCUGCCCAGCAGGAGGAGCUGGAGAGGCGGAAGCGGCUGGAACAGCAGAGGAAAGACUUCCCCGCGCCUCCCGCAGACUUCAUUCAAGGGGAGGAGGUCCUGAGGGCUGGCGAGGUGUCCCAAAGCACGUGCCAUGUGGCCAAACAGGAAGUGAUCUGCCUGGACACCAGUAACAGCAGCAGCAGCGGCAGCAGCGGCAGCAGCAGCGCCAGCGAGGAUGACACAAAGGGAGCCUUUCGCGCCACGAAAGACGACGUGAUCGAGCUGAGCUCGGGCGAGGACGACGCCCUGCAGAUCAGCAGCGAAUCCGCCACCGAGGAGGAGGACCGGUCCGCCACGCCCGGGUCGGAGGAGAGCAGCGGGGCGCACGUCAACGACGCCCUGAACCAGCCCGACGCCCAGGGCCGCGUGCUCGUCAACAUCAACCACCCCUCCACCGAGAGGGACCUGUUCCUCGCCCCCCAGCUCGCCCGCGCCGUCAAGCCACACCAGAUCGGUGGCAUUCGGUUCCUCUAUGAUAACCUGGUGGAGUCUCUGGAGCGCUACAAAACCAGCUGUGGCUUCGGCUGUAUCCUGGCACACAGCAUGGGCCUGGGGAAGACCCUGCAGGUCAUCUCCUUCAUAGACGUCCUCCUGCGCCACACCAGCGCCCACACCGUGCUGGCCAUCGUCCCCGUGAACACGCUGCAGAACUGGAUGGCCGAAUUCAACCUGUGGCUGCCCGCCCCGGAGAGCUUGCCCCCGGACACUGACCCCAGCGAACACCUCCCCCGCACUUUCAAAGUCCACAUCCUGAACGACGAGCACAAGACGACGGCCGCUCGGGCCAAGGUGAUCAGCGACUGGUCCGCGGACGGCGGCGUGCUGCUGAUGGGCUACGAGAUGUACCGUCUCCUGUCGCUCAAAAAGAGCUUUGUGUCGGGAAGGAGGAAGAAGUCCAAGAAGCCGACCGGUCCCGUCAUCAUCGACCUGGACGAGGAAGACCGACAGCAGGAGCUGCUCAAAGGGAUCGAGAAGGCGCUGUCGAGGCCCGGGCCGGACGUGGUGAUCUGCGACGAGGGGCACCGCAUCAAGAACUGCCACGCCAGCACCUCCCAGGCGCUGAAGAGCAUCCGGUCGAGGCGGCGCGUGGUGCUCACCGGCUACCCGCUGCAGAACAACCUCAUCGAGUACUGGUGCAUGGUGGACUUCGUGCGGCCCGACUUCCUGGGCACCCGGCAGGAGUUCAGCAACAUGUUCGAGCGCCCCAUCCUGAACGGGCAGUGCAUCGACAGCACGCCCCAGGACGUGCGCCUCAUGCGGUACCGCAGCCACGUGCUCCACAGCCUGCUGGAGGGCUUCGUGCAGAGGCGAGGUCACGAUGUGCUGAAGACCCACCUCCCUUCCAAGGAGGAGCACGUGAUCUUGGUGCGCCUGUCGCCCCUCCAGCGGGCCCUCUACUCCGAGUUCAUGAACCGCUUCCGGGAGGCGGGCAACAGCGGCUGGCUGGGGCUCAACCCGCUCAAGGCCUUCUGUGUCUGCUGCAAGAUCUGGAACCACCCCGACGUCCUCUACGAGGCGCUGCAGAAGGAGACUCUCGCCAACGAGCAGGACCUGGACCUGGACGACAUCACCACGGGCAACAGCCGCUGCCAGGCCCCUGGCGGCCUCAAGCCCAAGCUGGAGGGCAGCGCCAGGCCCGACUCCACCAACAGCAAGUAUGGCCUGCCGGGGGUGGGCCUGAGCGUCCUGCAGGAGAAGGCCAACCAAGUCAUCACCUACGAAUGGGCAAAGGACCUCAUGACCAAUUACCAGACGGGUGUGCUGGAGAACUCUGCCAAGAUGGUGUUGCUUUUUAACCUGAUAGACGAAAGCGUGAGGAAAGGAGAUAAAAUCCUGGUGUUCAGCCAGAGUCUUUCCACGCUGUCGGUCAUCGAGGAGUUUCUGGCCAAGAGGCCCAUGCCAGCUGAAGGACACAGUGGGAGCUGGAUACGCAAUGUCCACUAUUACCGGUUAGACGGGAGCACCUCCGCGUCUGAAAGAGAGCGGCUCAUUAACCAGUUCAACGACCCCAAGAACGACACCACCUGGCUGUUCUUGCUGUCCACCAGAGCGGGGUGCCUGGGCGUGAACUUGAUCGGCGCAAACCGCGUGGUGGUCUUCGACGCCUCCUGGAACCCGUGUCACGACGCCCAGGCGGUGUGCCGGGUGUACCGCUAUGGGCAGAGGAAGCCCUGCCACAUCUACCGGCUGGUGUGCGACUUCACGCUGGAGAGGAAGAUCUACGACCGGCAGAUCUCCAAACAGGGCAUGUCAGACCGCGUGGUAGACGACCUGAACCCCGUGCUCAACUUCACGCGCCGGGAGGUGGAGUCUCUGCUGCACUUCAUGGAGGAGGAGCCCGACCUGUCCAGGGUGCACCUGGAGCCCAGUCACAGCAUGGAGAGCGUCAUCCAGCAGGCCUGCGUGCUGUACCCCCACCUCAUCACCAAGCAACCCUUCCAGCACGAGUCUCUGCUGAUGGACCGCAAGGAGAUGAAGCUCACCAAGGCGGAGAAGAAGGCAGCCAAGAAGAGCUACGAGGACGAAAAGCGUGCCUCGGUGCCCUACACACGGCCCUCCUACGCCCACUACUACCCUGCCAGCGACCAGAGCCUCACCAACAUCCCUGCCUUCAGCCAGAGGAACUGGCGCCCCCCUCCACGGCCAGAUGAGAAGCCGGUGGCCAGCGUCCGACCCGUCCAGUCCACCCCCAUUCCCAUGAUGCCCCGGCAGGUGCCCCUGGGCCCGGGGUCCUCGAUGGCCGGUUCCAGCUCCGGACAUAACUUCCCCGUCAACUACCUGCAGAGAGCCGGGGUGUUUGUGCAGAAGAUCGUUACCACGACGGAUAUUGUGAUUCCGGGAACG